CUCUCAUAUUCCUUUAUACACAAUGGUCAAACGCAAUCAUAAUGCUCUGAAUGUGUGAAUAUUAUCAGCAAUGAAGAAUGCUAUUAGGUAAUAACAUAGGCACAGCGGCAACAGGCAGAUAUAUCUGGACCUUGCCAUACUGGCCAUAAACGGCUCAUUCUUGUCGAUUUUAGGGCGACGAAGUAACUAGAUGUAUGAACCCUGUCGAACCGGUUUCCCAGUAACAAAAACAAAACUGAAGCAAUCCUGGGAACAAGCACGACCACAGUAAAACAAGUUCCCAGUGGCGCUGACUACCUGACAACACUUGAAUACCCAAAGAUAAGGCAGGCACCAGUCACCCACACAACACACAAGGUAACAUCCACAGCACAGCAAAGGCCAGGUGCCCUCCAUGUCCAUAGAGAACACAGGAGCCUCUAAGGCUCUCUGGGGCCCACCAGACCCCAGCACCUCUUGGCCAAGCCAGCUCAGAUGCUGAGUGCGGGGUCCAGAGGUGCAAGCCAGAAAAUGCAAGAAAAUCUACAAACCAGGAAUCCUGGCAUUUGGAAAGAAAAAAUAGUUGUAAUGGCAUGGCAUUUUCUCCUGAUCGUUAGUCAUUACCCUGUGACCCCAUAACGACAUGCACCGUGUGUCUCAAACAUCCGAACAGUUGAAUGAAGGUGCCUUACGGCAAAAUGUAACCAAAUGGGCAGCAAAAGCAAAAUAUUCUUUGACGACCUCUAGACGGAGCAGAAGUCAGGUGUCCGCGCAACAUCAAGGUUGAACCAGGAAUCUACACACUACUUAAUUCCCAUUGUUGAUGAUAGGAAGCCUGUACUUAAGAUUGUUGAGGUCCCCUUAGGCUCUAUUCCAACUGCUGACCUUUCCCAGGCUGCGCUCCAUGACAAUUGCCUAACUCCCAGUUACCUGUUUAAUAGCUAGGUGAACUAAGGCAUUAAUUAAACGGAAAUGUGCAGGACUUUCUGUCCUGCCCAGGGAUUGAACCUGGGUCCUUUGUUGUGAACUGAGGAUGUGGACCACUGUGCUCAUACACUCUUAUGCAAGGUUAGGUUUAGUUAGAUAAGAGAGGCAUUGUUAGCCAUCAGUUCAUCAACAGUGCCUGAAGGACCAUUGUUUUUCAGUAUGCCCGACACAGAAAAAAUAAAGUGCAUUUGCACCUGACAGGGAAUUUACCAUCUACAUUGUCAUUCAGUAAUUCCAGCAUGUCUUUGAAGAAUGUGACUUCCACAUCCACUCCAUUGAUAAUGUCGUAGCAUUCCAUAAUUGCCCCAACACGUAUGUCGUCCUCCCAGAGACAGCUCACAUCAGUUAUGUAGAGAUUACCAGACCUCUGCAGAUCUCCAGGUACAUUAUUAAUUUUCUAUGGUACAGCCCUAUAUACCCAAGGCUCAUCUUCAGAUCAUUUUCAGUCAUACAUUCAUUGCCCCACCUGAGCACCUAACUACUUGGACUGGAUAGUAGAGCAAUGAUUUUGCUUCUUGCAGGUCUGUGCUCAAUCCUCAACCAUCCAAGUGGUUGUGCACCAUUUCUUUCCUUCAUCCUACCCGAAAUUCUUAUCCUCAUAUCCCUUCCAAAUGAUAUAUAAUCAUAAUGGCUUGGUGCUUUCUCCUGAUGAUUACAAUACAUUGCCUCACCUGAUCAUUUGGGCUAUGCUGCACCUCCUGACUAAAUGAGUGAUAUGGUUAGGACACAGGUGUCACAGGAAUGGGCUUGUACUUCCCUUCAAUGUAAGUAGAGGUCCCUACUAGAGGUUGAAGAUGUCCAUGUUGACAUCAUUGAUCCUUUUCCUCAAUCCAAAGAACAUGCCUAUCACUAAGUUUUCAUGGUUCUUUCGCUAUAAAGCAAGUAUUUUUAUAUUAAAUUAGCUCUCCAUUCCAUAAGGACAGGUUAAGAAAUUUCAAUCUCAAAACCCUAAUGGAGAAGAAACAGAGGGAAAAUUACUACUACAUAAAAGAUACUGAUGGGAAUAGCUGGGAGUAGACAAUGACAGCCUUUUUAAAUUGAAAGGAAACAGAAUAAUACCAACAGCCCCAAAGCUGAAGAAAUUGCUGACCUGGAGAAUGUGCAAAGAUAUACUGUAAUACCAUUUGAACCCACCCAAUAAAACAUCUGAAUUAUUAGGACCACUUAAAAUGUUUACAUUUUUAUUCUUUAAAGCACAGGGGAGAGAGAGAGAGAGAUAAUUUAUACAGAAAAUACUAGAGGAACUAGUUCUAAACCUGUACAUGGAAAUAAUUCCACUUGAGACUAGGAAACAUGGCAGGAAGUGCAAAAAUAGUCCUUUUGAAAUUCAGAGGUCCAAAGAAACAUUGAGAGAGAAUUCUAUCAACAUUAAGGGACCAAGACUUUUCAACACACACCCUCUAAACAUAAGUGGCACAACUAGCCAACAUCUCUGAGUUCAAUAAAGAACCUGAUAAAAAAAAACUCCAAAGGAUACCUGGUCAACCAGGUUGUGAUUCAUACAUCUGUCUGCAAGCAGCUGCAUCUAACAGCCUGGUUGACCAGACCACCAUCCAAGAGGCCUGGUCAGAGACUGGGCCACAGAGACAAUGAUCCCCUGAAUCACAACUAGGGAACCACAAGGUCACAUAAAAAAUGUACAAAAAGUCUCAUACUCUCGGUGGGUAAAAUACUGGAAUGCACUGAAAGUCAUGGAAACCUUCAUUCCCAGCUUUCAAAUCAGAUAUGACAAAGAACAGACAUCAAGAACAAUCUAAAUGCAAUAGGCAUAACCAAUCUAGUUGGCAGAUGAUAAAGAGCUAGACUUCACUCUUUUGCAAUCAUUAUUAGACAGGAGUUAAUGACCUUGGGAUGGCCUUGAUCUUUGGUUUGGUGGUGAUCCUCGCCACCAACAUAGUUACAUACUCCCAAAAAAACCAUGACUCACUUCAUAUACAACCUUUUGUGUCAUUAAAGUCUUCAACAACUUCAUUUAAAAAUGGUGCAAGAGUCAACUCAUCAGAAAUGACUGUGACAGAUUCCUCUCUUUCAACUGGUUCCCAAACUGUCUCUGCUGCCAUCAGUUCACCACUGCCUGUAUUGUCAACCACAUCUCUGCAGUCAACAUACCCUACAGCUACAUCCACCACUUCAUCUCAACCUUUGUCUACUCCGAGUGUAACCAACUCGUCUACAACAGUCCCCUCAUCACAGCCAACAACAGAGUCCACAUCAAGUACAACGGUUACUGCUUCAACAAUGGAGCCAUCCACAAUGUCAUCCUCGACUGUAUCACCACCUCCAGUUUCUCCUUCCACUAUGAACAGUACUACAGUGCAACCUGCAACCACGACCACCUCUCUGCCUAGCCCUACGUCAGUGCCUCCCAAGCAACACCAUCCUGGGAUUUCUGUUGCUAUUACAUUGUUCAUCCUUUUGGCUGUGAUAUUAAUGACUGGUGUGGGUGUUUGGUGGAUCCGACGACGGCGGCAGUUGGAACGAUUGCGACAUCAACUUAUGCCUAUGUACAAUUUUGACCCCACUGAUGAUGCGGACGAUUGGGAGAAUCAGCUGUUGGAAGAGGAACGUUCACUCAGGCCAGAGGCUGAGAAGGUCCAGUUGUACUCUGGCAAUUCUACAUUUGACUCCAGCCAGAAGCCUUCUAAUAAUUCUGUUCAGAAAGAAUGACAUUGCUAAGAAAAUGGAUAAUUUUUGUAAGCAAGCAAAACCGUGAGCCAAGGUACAAGAGUUCCAGCUGCUCAAGAUUUAGACGUAUGUGACAAGUAUGUAUAUGGUAAUAAAGCUCAGAACUCCCUAGGUGAUUUGAAUUUCUAAUUUCAUGGAAAAAGCUUCUCCUUUUCAUACAUUCCUUCACUAAAGCUCUUGAUAAACUCUGUAAUGUAAAUAAUCCUGGGAAAGAGAGCUUAUACAGUUAACCACCUAGCAAUCUUGAUUCUUAGUAAUUAAACCUUUUUUUUUUCAUCUUAGUGAAUUAAUUUAAAAUGUUGCCUUGUACAUUUUUUCCUACCUUAACCUGCUGCCUUAGAAACCAUGGCAGGUGUCUGAGCUUAUAUGUUCAGUAUAAUUUUCAUGUUUUCUCCACAUUUGAGUGCAUCAUUCAUAUGCUACCUCUUUUAUUUCUUCUUUACCCUAAGAAAGGUUUAUAUUAUUAUGGCGCUGAAAACAGCCAAAAUUAUUUUAAGACUCCAUAGUCUUUGCUUUAAAGAUAUUAGCACCUAAUUUCACUCAUCACAGAAUGUAUAAUGAUUGGCAGUGGGAAAACAUUAUUGCAAGAAGAGAUUACAUGCCUAUUUUUGUAAGACAAAGCCUCUUGCCAGCACUCAGUAUGAUGAAUUUUAAAGUUAUAUUUAUAAUUUGAUAUAUUUGUGUUUUAUGAUUGACAAUGUCUUCAGUGGAAGAAAUAACAGGUACUUAGCUGAAAUUAAGCGAGAUGUAACCAUAAUGUAUAAAACUUGUUGGUAGACAGUUUAUGUAACUGAUAUUAUAUAAUUGUCCCAGCCCUCAUUGUCUAGGUUCACAAGUUCUUAACUGGAAAUCCAUGUUUGUAUUGUUACCAAAAAUAUGGUCACAUUGUGAUAAUAAAUGUAAAUAAUACAUCUCCACAUACAUUACUCUGCAUCUAGAGUGGAUGCCUUUUCAGUGUAGUCAUUUUCAUAUUUCUCAUCAGGAACUGUGUAAAUGUCUUGCAUAUCUCAAUCAUUUAAAUAUAUGUACUGCCUGUUACAUAAGUGCAUAUACAGAUACUCACAUAUUUUCCUGUAUACUAUUUAUAUAUAUAUAUAUACAUAAAUGCAUGUGUGCAUCUCCAUGCAUGUAGCAUGCACUACAAACUUGUCCCCCACACACACACAAUUGGUUUUUAGAAGCACUCAAAGUCUCAAAUGAGGCAAUUUUUUUUUUCUUACACAAAAACAGCUCAUUUGUAGAUAUAUUUGAUUAAUCUUGAUUUUUACUUUGCAAGCUAUGUGAUAAUGAAUGUAUUAUAUAAAUGAAAUACUGGUAGUCUAGUCAUUUUGGUCGAUUGAUGUUUCUAAUGAGUACAACUGUACAAGAUUUUCUGAGCAGUUCUGUACAGCUAUCCAAGAUAGCUAAUUAUACACAAAACAAAAUUCUAUCUGUGAUUACUUGUUAGUGAUAUUUUAGAUAAUUUUUGUAUAAUUCUCUUUAAUGGCUCUAGAUUCUUUUUUCCACUGUAUGGUUUCUCUUAAUUUUUUUUUUUUUU